AUGGAGAGAACAUUGUGCAUGUUUGUUUUCAGAGUACUCUUGCUCAUACUGAUCAUCUCCCAAUUGCCUUGUCUGGCAACAACCUUGAAAAACAUCGCCACCGAUCAAUCAUCUCUUCUUGCUCUCAAAGCAAGCAUCACUUCAGAUCCUCGUGGAAUCAUCACCACCAAUUGGACUGAAUCAAGCUCAGUCUGUUCAUGGAUUGGUGUCACUUGCAGCAUCCGCCAUCGUCGUGUGGCUGCGCUGGAUAUCUCCCAAAUGAAUCUCAGCGGCACUGUCCCCCCUCAUUUGGGAAACCUGUCAUUCCUAGUGUCUCUCAACCUCAGCUUCAACCAUUUUAGUGGCAGCUUACCUCAGGAGUUGUCUCGGCUGCGCAGGUUGAAGGUUUUGACUACAAAGCUUAACAACUUUAGUGGGCUGAUUCCACCGGCGCUCGGCCUUUUGAAAAAAGUGAAGUUCUUACAGCUGAGAAAUAACAGCUUUACAGGCUCCAUCCCAAUCUCCUUGUCCAACCUGUCCAAUCUCCAAGUGCUGGAUUUCACUUUCAAUUCAUUACAGGGGACAAUCCCGGAAGAGUUGGGGAACCUUGGUAGCCUUGUGCGUUUGAGCAUGCAGGAAAAUCGACUAAUAGGUCCAAUUCCAUCGUCUUUAUUCAAUGUGUCCACCCUGGAAACCGUAGCUUUCACACAAAAUGCAUUAGAUGGGAGUCUUCCAGCUAACAUGUGUCGCAACGCUCCAAUUCUUAAAAGAAUUUACCUUGGUUCGAAUAGGCUGUGUGGCCGAAUCCCAUCAUCUUUAUUGGAGUGUUCCCAACUUCAGAUGUUGAGCCUGUACAGCAACCGCUUUAGUGGGCAGAUACCUGAAGAAAUUGUUAGGCUGCAAACUCUAAGAAUGUAA